AUGAACGUUGAGGUUUGCUCUGACAUAAAGGUUGUUAAAUAUCUUUACAAAUAUAUUUGUAAAGGACAUGACAAAAUUGCAGUUUACGUACAUGAUAAUGAUACAAACAAAGAAAUAGAUGAAAUAAAGGAGUAUCAAUCUACUAGAUGGGUAUCACCACCUGAAGCUGCUUGGCGUUUAUUUGGUUUCUCUAUUAGUGAGAUGUAUCCAAGCGUUUAUCAUCUUCAAUUACAUCUUAAUGGGCAACAACUUGUUUCUUUUAAAGACAAAACAUGGACACUGCGACAACAACGUGGUGCCGUUGGUCGUAUCGUAACAUGUCACCCAACUGAAGGAGAACGAUAUUAUCUCAGACUACUGUUGUUAAAUGUGAGAGGACCGAAAUCAUAUGCAGAUCUUCAAACUAUAAAUGGGGAACGUUAUAAUACUUUUAGAGAAUCCGCAGAAAAAAGGGGACUGUUACACUGUGAUAACAGUUUAAUUGAUUGCAUGGCAGAGGCAGCAAGUUACCAAAUGCCAUAUAGUUUAAGGAGUUUAUUUGUUACAUUAUUAGUGUAUUGUAAUCCAGCCAAUCCAAAAGAAAUAUGGAAACAAUUUAAAGAGUCAAUGUCAGAAGAUUACAAAGUGUUACCUAAUGUUGAAAGAAAGGAUAUCCAAUAUCAAGUUUUAAAUCAGAUCAAUGAUAUUUUACACUCUAUGGGUCAUAAUAUAAAUGAAUAUGAGCUUAUCCCAGAAAAAGUUCAACUAUCUAUACUGGAAAAAGAAGCGAAGGAGGUAUUCUUUGAAAGAACCAUCAGCGUUAGUGAAGAGGAUAUACUGUUACAAAAAAAACUGAACACAAAACAAUUGAAAGCAUACAAUGUGGUUAUUGACCGAGUAUUUUCCAAGAAACCAGGAGCUUUUUUUAUCGAUGGUCCAGGAGGGACUGAAAAAACUUUCUUAUAUCGUGCUUUAUUAGCGACUAUACGUAGUAAAGGGUACAUAGCUCUAGCAACUGCUACUUCUGGCGUUGCUGCUUCAAUUCUUCCAGGUGGGCGAACUGCACAUUCACGUUUCAAAAUACCUAUAGACAUUGAUGAAAAUUUCAGCUGUAACAUUAGCAAACAAAGCUCAACUGCAAGUCUAAUUCGUGAUGCUUAA